CGGGAAUUCGGGACUCUGGCGUGGCCAGAGCAGCAUGUCACUCAGCGGUCGCCAUUUUGACUGAAGCCGUUUGGCUCAAGGCUUUUUGGCAGGCCGCACAUCGUCCAAUCCGCCCACUGACACCCGCUGCGUGCAGAUCCCCGCCCAGCCCGGCCCGCGCUGGCUUUCCGGCCGCAGGCGGCGCGGCGCGAUGCUGCCGCUGCUCCGCCGGUGUUCCGCCGCUGCCGCCCGCCCCGCGGGGCUGCAUGGCCCCUCGCGCGCGCAGCUCGGGUCCGGCGCCGCUCGCAGGAGGUGUCUGUCCAGCACGCGUCCGGCGCCGAGUCGGUCGAGGUGUUUCCGGCGCUGCUGCACAUCCAGUGGCAGGACGGGACCAGGUCCGAGCUGAACGCCAACUGGCUGCGCGAGCGUUGCUUGUCCAGCGCCGCGGUGGAUUCCCAGACGAGGCAGCCGUUGGCCAACCCCCACGAUCUGCCAGAGUGCCUCUCGAUGGUCGACGCAAAGCUGCACGGCAACUCGCAGCUCGACGUGGUGUUCAGCGACGGCCACCAUUCACAGUUUUUCUUGCCGCGUGUGCAGUCUGAGCUGCGAAGCUUCGACCGCAACCCCAUCCAGGUCAACGAGUACGAUCGCCCGAGCCCCGUGCUUUGGUCCGGCGACGCCUACGAGUUGCCCGUCUUCCAGCACGACGAAGUGCUUGAGGACGGUGACGAGGGCGAGCGGCUUAGGCUGAUCAAGGGCCUUCUGACGUCUGGCGCAGCGCUCGUUAAGGGCGUCCCGCGUCGAGAGGGGGAGGUCUGCAGGUUCGGGCAGACGCUCAGCACGCUGCGGACCACGAACUGGGGCUCCUUCUUCAACGUGCGCACCGUGCCAGACACCAGCGCAGAGGCAGGAGAGGGCCGAAGUUUGACCUGGCCUACACCCCGCGCCCGAUCGGCUUCCACACGGACAACCCGUAUCGCGAUCGGGCCCCAGACUUCCACUCCUCCACGCGCUCGAGCACUGCAGCUGCCCCGCGGGCGCGGCCCCUUGCGAGGGCUGCUCCGUGCUGAACUACCUGGUCGACGGGUUCUACGUCGCAGAGAAGCUCCGGAAGGAGAGCCCGGACAGCUUCCGCCUGCUGACCGAGGUGCCCGUGCGCUUCGAGAACAACGGCGGGGACAACGACUCGGCCCUGCUGCACACCGCCCCGCACAUCGAGCUCAGCAGCGACGUCUCUCAACACGACGAGUGCACCAUCCGUGCGCUGCGGUUCUCGGCGAAGAGCGGCCAGUACGCCCCUCCGCUGGACUCGGAGACCCUCGAGGCCUUCUACCGUGCCAGGCGCCGGUUCUCGCAGCUGGCGCACGACAAGACGCACAUCUGCACGAUGCAGCUCGAGCCUGGUGAUUGCCUCGUCUUCGACAACCAGCGAUUGUUGCAUGCUCGCAGUGAAAUCCGCCCCAGUGAUGGAGACCGCUGGGUGCAGGGCUGCUACAUCGACCGGGACGGCCUGUGGCUAAACUACGAGCGCCUUCGGCGCAGGGCCCGCCGCGAGUGAGCUUCGGGCGCCGGCGUGCAAACGCUGGGUGCGGAUACGGGUGCAACAGGUAACCCAUUUUUUCAGCCAAUUUACUUCUCAAUAAUAUCCAGCACGGUGGCGGAUAUCUUUGAAUCCCAAUCGUAUACCCACUGGCGCGAGCAUUCUUUUCCAGCGUUGGCAUGGCGCGUCUCUGCCAGCGUGCAGUCUUUUCCCAGUUUUGGCGUGGCGCAGGCAUUCAGACAUGAAUGCGCCGCCAGCCAACCUAAUACUCUGUUAAUUAUGGAGUCCAUGCUCACAUGCCCGAGGCAAGGAAUCCUUGUCGCGAGGCGGGUGCAUUUUUCGAGAAGGGAUGCCCCCCACCAAGCGAAAUACAGUUUUGACGAGCGCCUGGCCUCAGUUUGCUUUUGCACUGUCCAGUGCGGGCGCCGUGCCAGAGUGCGUGGGCGAGCACGGGAUGCUUCCUGGGGAGAAGUCUACGCGGAGUCCGCGCACUGGGAGACCAGG